UAACGGACAGCGCCUCGUGUUGUGCACGCGUUAGGAGCAAGGUGUUGGAGCAAGGAGAUAGCGGUCUACAUAUACCUCUGUGCAUUGCCUUUGGCGAUACUCGUAGAACGAAGAUGGCCGGCCCGGGAAACAGCGACGCCGGUUGUUGCUCGGUCCUGAAGAAGUUCGGCUUGCAACCUGUCACGCGAUGCAGCCUCGCCAAGUUCUACGCGCCGGCAUUCGGCGCCGUCUCGUAUACCGCGAUGUCCAUCAAUGUCAUGAAUCCGAGUCUCGUCAUCAAAGUAUUUCCAAAGAGGGAUAUUACAAACGUCCUAUUGAUUGGUACUCUAGUUGGCACUGGAUCGUACAUCUACACACGUGAGCAUUUAAAGAGUGCACCACAGACUGUUAGAAUUUUAUACAGUGCUACUGGUGCGUUGUUGUUGAGCUUGGGAUCAGUUUUAAUGUGGGCAGUAAUACGUUCCGUAGUGCCACCAAGUCCAGCUUGUUGUACGAUAGCUGGUAUCGGCACUGGAGUGGCGCUUCUCAAAAUUGGCUCGAACUAUCUCGAAUUUGUUGAUAAGCAAGUAGUGAAAAAGUAGGCUGUUGUUGUUAUAUGCUUUUUCCUUUUUGUAUUUCAAAUUUGUAUUUUAAAUUAUUACGAGAGGAAAUUGAACAAAACGUAUUGGAAUCUUAACGUGUUGAAUUUUGACUGAAAUUGCUACAAGCGCAGAUUAUGUGAAAGUAUAUCAUUCUUUUCACUAAGAAUUUCGCAUUUACGUGAAAGAUUUCUUCCGAAAAAAGGAGGAAUAUAAGUCAAUAUUUUCAUGAAAACUCAAAUUGUCACAUUGCACAAACUUGCGCAAUUCUAGUGUAGGAGAAUUUUUUUGCGUGCUAGCGAAUGUGUUAAGCAUUUGCUAUUUUUUUCCCAUCACAUCACAAUGAUAAUGUUACCGAUAUUUGAUAAAUUGCUAACUAGAUAUAUUUGCAAGAUGCACGCACUUGGGGAACUUAGAGAUAUCCCGCAUAAUUCGGAGGCGUUAAAAAACCGAAAAAUACGUGCGUCAUAUGUUUUGUAAACUAUACAGCAUUCACAUAAGAAUGCAGCGUCAUGUAGAUAAUGUCACCAUAAAUAUAUACGGAUACACGAAUCAUGUGUGACACGAA